AUGAGCCAAGAAAAAAUUCAAAUACUUGAAAGUAAGUUGUCAGAAGAGAAAGAGAGAAGAAAGCAGUUGUCAUCUGAACUUAAUACUGUACAGAAGGCUGUGAAAGUUGAAAGUGAGGAAUUGCAAAAAUCAAAGUCAGAACUUGCAUGCCUUUAUAAUGAAAUUCAAAGUCUUCGAGGGGCGACAGAAGACAAAGAUCAUUUUUUAAUAGCAUAUGACCUACUACAAAGAGAGAACUCUGAAUUAGAAACAAAGGUCUUGAAGCUUUCACAAGAAUUUGAACAAUUAAAUCAUUUUACUGUAGGGGGGAAAGCGGCAGCUGCUAAUAUAAUUACAAGUGAAAAUAUCUGUAAGGAUCUUGUGCCUAAAGUACCAAUCUUGGAAGUAGAGAUUCAAAGCCCAAAGGAAGAGAGAGAGAAGCUCUGUCCCAAAUUAGGAGAAAAUAAGCAGAAGGAAAUUCCAGAGGAGUCAGUAAAGGAGGGCACUAUUCCAGGAAAAGGGCAGAAGGAAGAAUACUCACAACAGAACCAAGAUAUGAGAGAUGAAGAACAGCAGUUCCCCAUAGAACCUGAGGAAGUUGUGAGGCUUAGAGAAGCGCUGAGCCGUAUGAAUGAGAGCCUGUUCCAGUCUCAGAGCUCUGGGGAUAGUUCAGAUGACCUUAGCGCCCAGUAUUCGUCAUCUGGAGUAAAACUAAAAUAUCAACCACAAGAAGAACUACAACAGCUUCGUCAGAAUUUGCACCGACUCCAAAAUCUGUGCAACUCAGCUGAAAAGGAGCUUCGAUAUGAACGAGGAAAGAACUUGGACUUAAAGCAGCAUAAUGGUUUACUUCAAGAAGAAAGCAUUAAGAUAAAAAUUGAACUAAAGCAGGCCCAACAGAAGUUACUAGACAGUGCAAAGAUGUGCUCUUCUCUCACGGCAGAAUGGAAGCACUGUCAGCAGAAAAUCAAGGAACUGGAGCUGGAAGCACUUAAACAGGCUCAGAGCAUGAAGGCACAGGACAGCCUACAGGAGAAGCUGACUCAAGAGAAAUCUAAAGUUGCUGCUGCCGAGGAAAAGAUUUUGGAUCUGAAGCAGAAAUUAGAACAUGCUCAGAAGGUCUGUCUCACAGACACUUGUAUUUUGGGGAAGAAACAACUAGAGGAGAAAAUAAAAGAAGCAAUAGAAAAUGAAGCUAAAGCAAAGCAACAGUAUCAGGAAGAACAGCAGAAGAGGAAACUCCUAGAUCAGAAUUUAGAUGCUCUCCAAAGGCAAGUAAGGAUCUUACAGGAUAAAGAAAAUCAACUGGAAGUGACCAGUUCUCAGCAACAAUUCAGAAUUCAACAGCAAGAGACCCUACUUAGACAACUGGAAAAUGAAAAGAGAAAAUCUGAUGAGCAUCUCAAAAGCAACCAGGAAUUGUCAGAGAAACUGUAUGGCUUGCAGCAAGAAAAGGAUGCUCUACGUGAAGAAUAUGGGCAAUUUUUGAAGCAGCUUGAUGUCCACGUGAGAAACUAUAAUGAGAAACAUCACCACCAGAAAGCCAAGCUUCGCAAAGUCAAGGAUCUUUUAGUUCAUGAAGUACAUCUACGAGAUGAGAGAAUUAAGCAACUUGAAAAUGACACUGAAGCAUUGCAACAACAAAUGGAAAAGGAGAAGGCAUUCCAGGACCAGAUCACCACCCAAAACGAUAUCCUGCUCCUAGAAAAAAGGAAACUUCUAGAGCAACUCACAGAGCAAGAAGAACUAAUCCAUGGUAACAAAUGGAUAAUAUCUUCAGUGCAGAGCAGAGUACUCUUCCUGGAUAAAGAAAAUAAGCAAUUACAGGAAAACAGUCUGCGGCUCACUCAACAGGUUGGCCUCUUAGAGCGCAUUAUAAGGAGCAUCCAGAUUCGCAGAGGAGAGGAAACAACAGUUAGUGACAUCCCUGAAUUUGAAGUAUUGAAUAAGAUACUGCCUUUACCAAAUUCCAGUUUUUCAGGAACAGGUUUGCUAGAGUCUACUGGAAGUGUUCAAGAGAUUGAAGAUCAUAAGUCAGAAGAUGCAAUGGCAAACCCAAAGUCCCUUGAGUCUCUUUCGUGUUCACAGAGUUCAGAAAUUGGAUACAUAAACGUGGCUUCUUUGAAAAAGACACACCGAAACCAAGAACAACACCAAAAGUCAGAACUAUAA